CUUUGACUCGGAGAAUGGACCGUCGCCGGGUCGCAGCCCCCUGGACCCCCAGGCCCCCCCCGGGGCUGGUGCUCCACCCGUCCUUCCCCCAGAGCCAGCGGCGCGAGUCCUUCCUCUACCGCUCCGACUCCGACUACGACAUGUCCCCCAAGACCAUGUCCCGCAACUCGUCCGUCAACAGCGAGGGGCAUGCAGAAGACAUGAUAGUCACCCCUUUCGCUCAGGUGCUGGCCAGUCUACGGACUGUAAGAAGCAACUUCACCAUCCUCGCCAACGUUGCAACACCCACUAACAAGAGGUCGCCAGUGGCUACUCAACCCACUGUUCCUCAGGCCACACUUUCUGAUGAGACCUACCAGCAGAUGGCGCAAGAGACACUCGAUGAGCUGGACUGGUGUCUGGAUCAACUCGAGACCAUCCAGACCCACCGUUCAGUUAGCGACAUGGCCUCCACUAAGUUCAAGAGGAUGUUGAACCGCGAGCUGUCCCAUUUGUCAGAGAUGAGUCGCUCAGGGAACCAGGUGUCAGAAUACAUCUCCACAACCUUCCUAGAUAAGCAAAACGAGGUGGAGAUACCAUCUCCCACCCUGAGGGAACAGGAGAAGCCCAUGUGUCACAUCAGCGGGGUGAAGAAGCUAACGCACAGCUCCAGCCUCUCCAACUCCGCCCUGCCUCGCUUCGGCGUCAAGACCGAGCAAGAGGACGCGUUGGCUCGGGAGCUGGACGACUUGAAUAAGUGGGGCCUUAAUAUAUUCAGUGUGGCUGAGUUCUCCAAUAACCGACCUCUUAGCUGCAUGAUGUUUGCAGUCUUCCAGGAGAGAGAUCUAAUGAAGACCUUUCGGAUCCCCAUGGAUACCUUUGUCACCUACGUGAUGACCCUCGAAGACCACUACCACGCCAACGUGGCCUAUCACAACAGCCUCCACGCUGCUGAUGUCACACAAUCCACACACGUACUGCUGUCUACGCCGGCUCUAGAUGCUGUUUUCACCGACCUAGAGAUCCUUGCCGCAUUGUUUGCUGCUGCCAUUCAUGAUGUGGACCAUCCAGGCGUGUCAAACCAGUUCCUCAUCAAUACAAACUCAGAGCUAGCCCUGAUGUACAACGACGAGUCGGUGCUGGAGAACCAUCACCUGGCCGUGGGAUUCAAGCUGCUCCACGAGGAGAACUGUGACAUCUUUCAAAACCUGAGCAAGAGGCAGAGACAGAGUCUCCGGAAACUGGUCAUUGAUAUGGUUUUGGCGACAGACAUGUCCAAACACAUGAGUUUGCUGGCAGACCUGAAAACGAUGGUGGAGACCAAGAAAGUGACAAGUUCUGGGGUGUUGCUGCUGGACCAUUACACAGACCGGAUACAGGUGCUGAGGAAUAUGGUGCACUGUGCGGACCUGAGCAACCCUACCAAGCCUCUGGCUGUGUACAGACAAUGGACAGAGAGAAUCAUGGAAGAGUUCUUCAGACAGGGAGACAAGGAGAGAGAGCGAGGGAUGGAGAUCAGUCCCAUGUGUGAUAAACACACUGCAUCGGUGGAAAAGAGCCAGGUGGGCUUCAUCGACUACAUCGUCCACCCGUUGUGGGAGACGUGGGGGGACCUGGUGCACCCCGAUGCCCAGGACAUCCUGGACACUCUGGAGGACAACCGGGACUGGUACCAGAGUACCAUCCCCCAAAGCCCCUCCCCGCCCCCCGUGUGCCAGGACAAGGACCUUAACACCUGUGUGGAUAAGUUCCAGUUUGAACUGACCCUGGACGACGACCCCCCGUGUGAACACGGGGAGUCGCAGGAUGACGGCGGCGGGCAGCCCGUCCCCAACCACAUCACGCAGGACUGCGGGCGGCCCCCCGACGAGGGGAGGAACCAGGAAGCGGCGGCGGCGGCGGCGGGGAUCGCGGAAGAGGAAGAGGAGGAGGAGGAGGAGGAGGACAUUAUCGAAGAGGAGACGGAGGUGGCGAUGGAGGAGGAGGAGGAACAAGGAGACAAUGAGCGCAAAGCCCACUUGGAAGUGACCUGCCAGAAGGAAAGCCUUUUAGACACAAGUCCUGUAGAGGAAGAGGAGGAUGAGGAGGACUCAUCCUCGCCGGCGGAGGACACAUGACUCCUCCUGCAGUGUAUUUUCCCUCCUCACUUGCACACACGCUACCAUUGCUCCUUUCGUUUAACGGGGCGAACCGAGAACAAAUAAGACUGCAUUGACAAUACAGACCUUUAAAUCUAUUUUUCAAAAAGGGAAUUAAUUAUUAUUGCUUAAAAGAAAAGUUAGUUACACAGCAACUGUAGAUUAUGAGUGGUGACAAGUCCUUCCUGUUCAUUUCGAUAGGAACAUCGGAACGUGACGAGUGGAGUUGAGCAUUAACGACGGGGACGCGGAAGACAUUGUAGCACUCUGGAAGAGCCAUGCACAUUUAUAAACACACAUGAACUCACCAAUACAACACAAGCUAGGUCGCUGGGAGAUUCCAAUAACCGUAUACACCAGAAGUACCGGGAACAUUUGUACACUUCAGCAUCCACGUACACAAUAUGUACACAAGAUGCACACACGUUGCAACACAUUUGCCAUGUAGACACCCACAGCAACACACGCAAAGCAACACAACAUGUGUAUGCACACCCAUAAAGGUACCGAUAACACACUUGAGCGUGUGUUUGUAUGUGUGCAUAUACAGAAAAGUGAAGGACAAGGAUAAAUAACCAAUCUCUUUGGAAAAAGCCAUCUCUUAUUGGAAUUAUUAAACAGUGUCAGUCAGUAUUAGAAAUCCAUGUUUGCCAUACGAAACUCAGAAAAGCUACACAUCCAGGUGACAAUUUUUUCCAUUUCUGUCGGAAAGAAAAAUAUAAAUAUCCACAGAAUUGGAGGAGGAGAAGAGAGGAAGCUAAGGAAAGGAAGAUGCUGCGACGCGGGGGGGGGGGCCUACGUCCCGUACCCCCCCCCCUUUUUCCCUUUAUGAGGAGUGCUACUGGUGCAAGAUGGCUCUGUGCCUUUCUGAAACACCAGCUUCCUGAAUGGAGCUGUCGUGAAGCAAUGCAUUGUGGGACAGGAGUGUCUGCAUUUCUUAUCUUUCUUUUUGUUGGUUGUCUCUAGUUAAGGAUUUAACUGUUCAUGGUGUUGUUGUGGUGUGUCCGUCACACUUGGAGUGUCUGUGGUGAUAUUUAGGUUUUAGUUGUUUUGGGCUGUAGGUCUUCCUUUGCUGCUCUUCUGAUAAUAUAAUAACUUAGAUACAGACCAAUCACACACUCGUUUUUGAGUCCAUCUUUUCUUAUUGAUUUUCUUUUUUUACUUUCUGAGAAUAAGCCAUGAGAUGAUUUGACGACUAUGUUUUGCCUAUUUUGUAUUUACCACGGUUGCUAUGUAUGUAUGUUGCUACUAAAUGUCUGUGGAAUCGUUUCAUUUAGCAGAUCCCCAUGCACCAUCUAGCAUUCAGUUUGCUCACUUUGUUUGCUAAUGUCUAGUCAUAACUCACCAAACCAAAGGAUUGGCAUUGGCAAGGGGAUGCAGUGAUUUCAAAGAACACAGACGUUAGGGGAAUCAGAGUGAUAAAUGUUCAGGGAAGGGAAGAGAAGUGUUGACCUUAUGAGGGUAGUCUCUGAUCAUGUUUUUCAUGUUUAUAGCUUUUUUGCCUUAAUGUAUGAUUGCAGGACACAAUACCUGCCCGUAUUUCGAUUUAUAUGAUAUCAAAAUGAAUAUAAUAGUAUAUUUAUAUCAUCAUGAUGGUAUAGUCUUCGGUGAGUUUUAGGUUUGUCUUUACAAAAUGUGGGCAGUGUUUGGGUAUAGACCGACAAAGCAGCCAAUCAGUUGUGGUUUUUGUUGCAUUGCAGUGGGGCACAACGAUUGUGUUGUUUGAAUCAGGAAGGUGCAAUGACUUUACUUUAUAGCUAGCUAAAGACAUGCAAGUAAAUGAGCAGAUUCCACGAAGACUACGUUGGAUGGAGGCGUCUUUUUCAUUUUAAAAGAAAUACACAACAGGCUGUGGAAUCUGACGAGCGAGUGAAUGAGUGACAAGUCAAAAGUGUUAUAGGUCUAAAUAUGGUCAUGGGUCAUUCAGUGACAUCACCUAUAUCCUGUUGAAUGGUGUUAAAGGAUUUAAACAGCACAUGCCUCACAAGGUCACGGUUGGUUUGUGACUUCUUCACAGGGUAAAAAAAAACACACAACUAAAAUUAAAUCGUAGAAAAUUAUAAAGUCAAGCGGUAGUUUCUGCUGGUCAGUAACUGUGCUUAUCUUGAGACACUUUUGCAUGGUGCGACAGACGUUUGCGUGCAUGACCUGCACUGUCACGAGACGGCGUGGAGGCCACCACACAGGACUUCAUCCGGUCCAAUGGGAACCCAAUGUUAGGAUCACGUCUUUCUUUUUUAAACCACAUGAUUCCCAUUUGGGUUGGCCUUUUUCUUUGAAGAUGUUUCCUGUUUGUUUUUGGGCUUGGUUUUAUUUCAUAAGCUAUGAAACGUUAAUAUUUAAUUGCCAUAAAAACACGAUACUGUAGCAAAUGUUUCUUAUUAUGAAAUUAUUCAAUUGAUUAAUUGCUGCCAUUCUUUUUAAAUGAAGUAAAGGAAACCAUGGGAUAUAUAUCCUGUAUGUUUUCUUUUGAACAGUCUGUGUACAGUUUAUUUUUGUAUUGUUCUGGUGGAUGGUCUAGAAUUUGAAAUCACCUAAUGAUGAUAUCUGCUAUAAGCAUUAUCAGCAAUGUACAUACUGUAAUAUUGCAUUGUAAAUGAUCAAUUUAGUCAAUCCAUGAAGGAGGGCAAAUAAUCACAUGUAUGUUUGUUGAAAUUAACCACUGAAGCACUUCAGGACACAAUCCCUCCAUCUUCUCCUUCUUGUUCUGUUUAAUUUACGUUAACGUGCGCAAUCUCCUACUGUCACAUCCUAAACGUGCACAUUCAUCAGUAGUUAGCUUAAGCUGCACUUUAUUUUCAGUAGGUUAUGGGCGGUGCUUUGAGGUGGAGCACAAACUGUGCUGGAAUUCUGGUAUUAACUGAAUAAUAUGUUGAUUACAUUCCACCAAGUCAAGUCCCAAGCAUUCAUUGUGCAGUAGAGGCAUAACUGAUCUCAGUAGUCAUGCUAUAAUAAUAAUAAUAAUAAUAAUAAUAAUAAUAAUAAUAAUAAUAAUAAUAAUAAUAAUAAUACUCCUUGUGAAUGAGUUUUGACUUAUUGGUCAAAUAUAUGUGAAUUAAGUUUAAAAAAGGGAUGUGACUAAUUUAUUGAAAGUAAGUAAUAAGUGGUGUGUUCUUCGAUGACUUGGCCAUUUCUAGAAUGAUCUCCACCCUUUCUUCUUAGUAACUUGUCCUAGCCUAAUAAGCCUGAAUGUCAGUCUCACGGUGUCCUACCUAGCCGGUUCCCUUUGGGAUUGCUAUCAGGUUACUUUGUCAAAAACUGACUCCCUCUGAGAAUAAUUCUCUGGGCUUUAAUCAUGUGUUUGUUCACAACUUUUAAAAAGAUUAAACAACUGAAAAAAAACCACCAUGAAAUGAUUGUAAUAUUUGUAAAUGAUCUUGCUGUAAUGUGUAAAAUGUGUCUAAGUUAUUUUUAUUAUAUUAUUUUUAUGAAAGGUUUUCCUUUUGACAGAGGCUGACGUGUCAUUUUGUGAAUAAAUGCAUUUAAUAAGCAAACAUCUAUAUAUAAAACAAUAUCAUAUAUAUCAGUAUAUUUUUCUUUUAUUUCACUGUUCGGUACUGUAAAGUGUGUUGAAAAUACAAAUAAAGGACGAUUUUUGUAAUAAAGGUAA